AUGUCUAGCCCGUCCAAAGAACAAAAAUGGGAUCGCUAUGAUCUAGAGCAAAGAGGGUUUUACUACAAUGACGACAGCCGUCCCCCAAUGAAACCAUUCCCACGGCAUGUCGAGGCUCUCCGGCAGGCAAUGCUUGACUUUACAUGUGAAAAAGACUAUGAUAGGAAACUAAUUGUUAAAAUCGAAGAUUCGGCUAUGUACUUAUACGAGACCAAAAGUUCCGAGCCGGCUUGGAAAGACUUCUUUCGAGAGAAUUUCUUUCGCCCUCUUCUAGAUGACGUCUCCGUCUCGCAAGAAGACUCACGCAGAGUUUCACGGGCCAACUAUUACUAUGACACUGUAAUAUCUGAAUCCGAGGAUCUAUGGGUUACAUUUGAUGGAAAAGGCAGACUUGGUGAUUCACUUCCUGAUUUAUUUUACAACAAGAAACGCCCCCAACCCGAUCGUGCUUUUUAUUUUCCGAUAUACCAUCUGACGGAAGAAUCUCAUGUUCCUAGAAUAGCUGACCGCGAGGCCCUGAAGUGGCACAAAGCAUCAAUGCCAGCCCUUGUGGAGUCGUUCUCAUGGCCCGAUCUGAAAAGCCUUUAUGCCCACGGCUUACGACCAUCUCCCUUCCAUGCUUUCGACAAAAGGAAGCCCCUAGAAAAACACCUGAAGUGCUUUCCAUGGCUCGUUAUUGAGCACAAGAAGAUGCCUGAGACUGGCGAGAAAUUGAAGGAGGUUGCUUAUUGCCAAGCGGUCAAUGGUAGCGGAUGCGCCGUCAGGUUGAACCAGAUCGCUGCAAAGUAUACUCCUGAGUUGGCUAGACAGGCACAUGUCCCUCCGAUUCCAGCUGUGACCACAGUUGGGCCUGAAGUCAAGGUCUGGAUAACGUAUUAUAUCAAAGACUUUUUCCCAUAUUUCGACGAUGAAUACGACGAACAGCAGUUCCGCAGACACGAUUCAGCUUAUAUGAUGCAAUGCAUUUGGGAUGGAGAUAUGACUGAACCUGAGGAUAUUGUCAAGUUCAGACUCAUACUCGAAAACAUCCACACCUGGGCAACGCGAGUUUUCAAGCCAUUGAUCACCACAUAUAUUGAUCAAUGGAGGUUUGUUCACUCUCCCUCUAGCCAACAGAGAAUGGAGCUCUCGAGAAGUGCACUUCGAUUUGUUCAGCGCGCUCUGGAUGGACAGCCACACCCCGAAGAUGAUGAUCUGGAUCAAGAUGCCAAUAUAAGGCUAAUGGAACUCUGCGAUACAUUCGUUCAAGCUGCGCACCAAAUUAUGGACGAGAAGCUUGAGAGGCUACGCCUGAAGAACCUGCAAGAUUCGUCCUUUAACCUUUCGCGCAGAAGGACACGCGCAGCCAGCGAACAACCUACACAAACCAUGAGUUGCUUGAGUCCUGAUGUUGCACUAUCACCUCCGCACACUGAUCCGCGUGGAAGCCCAAGGUUUCGAGCACAAAGCGUUUCACGGCCAUGUACUCCAUCAAGCCCGACUCCUGGCGCGAGGUCCAGAGUACAGCAAGUCGCUUCACCUCUCCAGAUAGCCAUGGCAACCGCGGCAGCCAGGGGGGCCAAGAGACGAGAAAGCGGGAGUAACUCCCUCGAAUCACCCCCUGAAAUCGUACCUCAACUGAUUCUCACACCUGAGGGGGCGGCUGAUUACAAGGUCCUCGAUGACUCGCCUUCAAUUGAAUCGUCAAGCAUCGACACACCAGCUGACGAGAUAUAUGGGGAAAUCUUGAUGCCCGGCGCCUUUCCACCAGUCACGCCAGCCAAAUUCGUACAGUCUUCUGUUUCUGAUAUCGUUCCCAAUGAGGAUGGGGUGGUGUCUAGUCACUUGCAAAACCUAUCAAAGGGCUUCGCCAAUAUGUUCCUGGGACGAACUCCAUAG